AGCAGCCAUGCACACGUGAAGUCAAGAGGAUGGAAGCUUCGAGAGUGCCGGUUAUCUUAGCUCAACCACCAACGGCUAUAUUAGUUAGUUAGUUAAAGUUUGUUAUAGCUAGCUGGCAUUAGAUAUUUUGUUGUAGAUAUUUUGUGUUAGCUCAGAGAAUUAGUUCACCACGUAUAUAAGGUGAGCUCACUCUUUUGUAGUUCAUUUUUUGAUUCAUACAAUAAAAACAAUCGAGACUUUCUCUCUUCAAACUUAAUCAUGCUUCGUUUAUAAUCUUCUCAACACAGACAAAAGUUUCAUGUCAACUAUCCAUCAAAACCAAGUUGAUGGUCUUGAGAUCAAAGCCAAGGACGGUGAAUGGUUUGGCGUCCGCGGCCUCCCUCUCUCCUCCAUCGUCGUCAUGGCCGGUGAUGCAAUCAUGGCAUGGAGCAACAAUAGAAUAAAGUCCCCUCAUCACAGGGUGACUAUGGAAGGGAGUGAAGCAAGAUACUCACUUGGGCAGUUCUCAUUCAUGGAGAAAGAGAUGGUGGAGACGCCCGAUGAGUUCGUGGACGUUGAACAUCCUCUGAGAUACAAGCCAUUUGAUCAUCUCAAGUAUCUUGAUUUUUUCAGCCAAGAAGAAAACAGAAGGUUGGAGAAUGCUAUAACUACCUAUUGUGGUGUUUCACAAUGA